AUGCGCAACGUCGCGAAAGCUAACCAUGACCAGUUCACCCUGUGGCAUGCUUUCCGUCAGUUUCCAUGGCAGCCCACAGCGAUGGUGGCAUGGGUGACCAGUCUGACUUGCCGCCAUCUGCGGCGGUUUCCAUCUGCAUGCAGCAUCCAACUCAGGCAUUGUGCCUUUGAGCAGAGUCCGCUGGAGCAAAGCCCUCAAACGGCGCGAUCUCGCCUGGCCCAAGCCCGCCUGAGGUUCGUUCUGCGGCACAGCGCAGUGCUCGGGCCGAUGAGCACCUCCAUCGGCCAUGCCGGAUACAUCAUGGGAAUGCUCGAGUACGGGGUCACCGAUAUCUGGUGGCUGCGGGUUUGGGCCAUCUCUGGUUGCGGCAUGGUCGUUCUCUUCCAGCUGCUGCAGCCCCAGUGCCAGUGGCUUUCGGCUGGUUGGUGCUUUGUCUACGUCAUGGUGAACAUUUUUCAGAUGAUGGGGGAAGGCGAGCAGCCGGAUCCCCCCUUGACAGAAGAUGAAGAGAAGCUUUAUGAUUUGCUUCGGAGUCGAAUCAGCGUUCGAGAGUUUGCUGAUCUGGCCUACUACGGCGACUGGACAGUAUUCUAUGCCGGUGACCUGCUAGCUUCCCCGCAGGGAACUGUGGACAACAAGGAGAAGUGUUUGUACCUCAUCGCAGAAGGAAGCUGUGAGGUCUCCGCAGCUGGACGCCGCAUCACCCUGCUGAAGCCGGGAAGUGUUGUCGGGGAAGUCGUCCAUCUGCUGGAUGCACUGAAGCCCACGGGCUCGCAGUUGAGCGACAGCUGCGAUGUGCCCACGCAGGUAUCUGCUCAUGAGAAGGUUCGUUGCCUGGCCUUGCCUGUUGCAGAGGUGCAGACAUUGUGGCGACGGCGACCAGACCUGCACAAGCCCAUCAUCAAGCUUCUCUCUUCGAGCCUCCUUGCAAAGGAGGGCUGCGUCCUGGGAGAGGCUUUGGAAGAUCGCAGGUACAAGGCCGUGCUCGAGGUGGCCUGUCCCAUGGUGAAUCAGCCUGGGGUGGCAGAAGGAGUGGCCGCGUAUCGGCGCAGAAACAGCAUCUCCUCGGACGCUCACAAGCGAUUGCUCGCCGACGUUCCGCAGUGUCCACCCCGUGCCUUUCUCGACACGAAGCCGAGUAAAGAAGGCCGAUUGGUUUAUCGAGGACUUCAGUGGUUCCAGCGCGGAGAAAAUGGAGAGCAAGAGCAUACGUUUGUCCCACAUCUCUCCCCCAAGUGCAGACACCUGCCAGUCAACGCAGCCCGUUGUUGCAUGGCCGUUCUGUCUGGUUCCAGUUCCGGCCCUUCGGCGCCGCAGAAAUCCAUCAAGAGCAUACUCACUGGACAUACACGUGUCACCUUUGCAAAGGGCCGAGGUCAUUCUGGCAACCCAGCUUGA